AUGGCUAAUGUUUUUCUACAAUUUUUAAUUGAUGUUGAAAAUGGAGAUUUAGAUGCUGUUAAACGAAAUAUUCAAAAUGGUAUCGAUUUAGACAUACGCGAUGAAGAUCAACAGACAGCACUUAUUUUAGCAGCUCGGUGUAAUCAUUUUGAAUGUGUAAAAGUUCUCCUUGAAGCUCAUGCUGAUGUUAAUGCUGAGGAUGUGGAUCAUUGGACAGCAUUACUGAACGCAUGUCAAAAUGGAAAUUUAGAUAUCGUAUGUCUUCUUACUGAGAAUGGUGCAUAUAUUGAACAUUGUGAUUGUGGACAAUUUUCUCCAUUGAUGUGGGCCUCCUAUCAAGGACAUACAAGAGUUGUUGAAUAUUUAUUAAGUUGUGGUACAAAUGUUAAUGCUCAGGAUGAACAUAGCAUAUCAAGUUUAAGUUGGGCAUCAGGACGAAACCAUGUUGAUAUUGUAGAAUUAUUACUUGCAGCUGGUGCUUCACCUAAUUUAUGUGAUAAGAAUAAUACAAGUCCAUUAAUUUGGGCCAGUAGACGUGGUUAUACAAGAAUAGUCGAUUUAUUACUAAAACAUAAUGCUAAUGUUAAUAGUAUUGGAAUGAAAAACAUGACAGCUCUCUUAGCUGCUACAAAAGGUGGUCAUGCAGAAACUGCUCUUCGUCUUCUUGAAAAUCGAACAAUUGAUAUCAAAAUACAAGAUAAAGAUGGAGAAACACCAUUAAGUCAUGCGUGUGCUCAAGGUCUUACUGAUGUUGUUGCCGAACUUGUUCAACGUCAUGCAUAUGUUAACACAGUCGAUAAAAAUGGUGAUCCAGUUCUUUUUGCUGCUGUGAAAGGUGGAAAAGAAGAUUGUGUUUCUAUUCUACUUGAAAAUCAUGCUGAUAUAAAUGCCAUUGGUGCUGAAAACAAGACAGCAAUUUUGUGGGCUGUGGAACGAGGUCGAUUGAAUGUAGUCAAAUAUUUGCUUCAAUAUAAUCCUGAUGUUGAAGUAUCAGGAGGCUCCGAUGAUGAUACACCAUUAUUAUUAGCUACGAAACGAAAACGUGUUGGUAUUGUUUAUGAACUUAUCAAAUAUGGAGCUAAACUAUCAUCAGUUGAUCAGUUUGGUGAUAAUAGUUUACAUAUUGCACUGCGUAAUCGUAGUAGAGAUAUUGCUGAUAUUCUACUUUCUAAUCCAAGACAUUCAAAAUAUUUGUAUCGACCUAAUAAACGUGGUGAAACACCUUACAAGAUAGAUGCUAGCCUUCAAAAGAGUAUUCUUACAACUAUUUUUGGACAACGAACAUUAAAUUUGAACGAUGAUUCUAUUCUUGGCUAUGAUCUAUACUCAUCAGCAUUAGCCGAAAUUUUAAGUGAACCAUCACUUCGAACUCCAAUUACUGUGGGUUUAUAUGCCAAAUGGGGUAGUGGAAAAUCGGCUUUGUUAACCCAUCUAAAAGACGAAAUGUACGGCUUUGCUCAAUUAACAGAUUUUCCCAGUAUAAAAUUUUCACCGUUGCUGGUCUCAGUUAUUUUCAUCAUAGCAUCAAUUGUUAGUCUUGUUAGUGGUUUUUUAAUUCAUUAUAUUGUUGGUAUAUCACUUGGUGUGAUAUUAAUGGUUUUUCCACUAGCAUUUCUCUGUUUACUUAAAUAUCUUCUUCGUAACAAAGAUUAUGAAUGGACAGCAAAUGUAACACAAUUUAUAAACAAACGUUUAGAAAUGUUACGAUUUCUACUGCAAGUUAUUUUUAUUAAUCCUUAUGCACAUCAUCGCUUAAAAACAAAUGAUACAAAUGAUUGUAAAAAGAUGAAAUUUAUUUUUACUGAAUAUGGAAAAGUUUCAACUGCUGAUGGCGAAAAAGCUAGUGCAAAUAUGAUUGCUGAACUUGCAACCAAUGUCGAAGAAACAUUUGGACUUGUAGCAACACGUCUUUGUCGUGCACUUCAUUCCAAAAAUUUAAGUCAUCAUCGAUUUCGAUAUCUAUGUUGCAUACCGGCAUUUAUUUUUGUUGCUAUUCAAAUUGUACUUGCUUUAGUUCUAAGCAUCCUAAUAUUGGUGAAAGGUUAG